ACUUUGAUGACAUAAUCUCAGCGACCUCGGCGACCGCUUCAGAAAAAGCCGUCUUUAGCUAUCUCGGCAUGGCAAAUACCCCCAUGAAAAGAUCCCGGAGUCUGGUUAUUGCUUAUUGGUCACGAUAUCAGUACUCAGUUGUCCAUUACCCUGCGCAUUGUACGCUCCAUACAGAACGUCGCUUCGACCGGACAGCAUCUUCUGCUUUGAGAUCUCAUGCAACCUGAUUCACCAUCAAAAACGACUGGAAUGCAAAGAAAAACUCAACAUGCAGUUGGCUCAACGGAUGGUUCUCACUUUUAAUGACACUCUUUUUCCCUAUUUCAUGCCUUGCGACCUAUUCCACUCUUUCCGUCAUGUGUCAUUCUCUGACAUUCUUGAAGAAGACUGAGCACAGGCUAAACAGUGAAGAGUGAGCGCCCAUGAUGUGAAGCAUGGGGUUGGCAUCCCAACGCCAGCCCAUUCUUUGAUGACAAUGGCCCACCACCCACCAACCUGGUCCAGUCUUCAUUAUAUCGGUUUUGACAGGUACCCAACCCAUGAGAGCGUGACUUAGUGCCGCUCUUGUUCCUGGAUCAUCACGAUGAUCCAAUAAGGGCACUGGAUUCUAUAGAGCGUGUCUCGGAAGUCCCUAGUUUCUGCAUGUCUGGACCCCGGCUCGACAGGCUAUCUUCCCGAUGCGGCCAUGUAAACCAACCAGUAGAUCGGAUAGCUUCGUACUACAUCCAUUUUCGGCGACUUUCCAGAAGCCACCGCUUACAAGCUGUCCAGGUUAUUUGAUGGAUCAAGAACAAUUACAGAAUGAAAUGCUUGCUGAAUGUUUCCUAUAAGUCAAGGCCGCGCCGAUUCUCGUUCUCUUUGCCAAGGCUGCGAUCUCUGUUGUCCUUGGCUGACUCGUCACUCCUUUUUAUUGCCUCUCCUUUCUUGAAUCAAGCACCGCUACUACUCAAAACAAACUUCACGUUCAAACAAAGGCAUGGCUCUGUCAAAGCAUCUCUUGACUCUCAUGCUUGCCGGUCUCUCAUACGCCACCCACGAUCAUAAGAGAGGGCUUUGCUUCGUUCCCGACACCGAGAAGCCCCAGGACGACAAAAUCUGGGUCCAGAACGGCAGCGAUAUCACUUGGUACUACAACUAUGGAUACAAGCCCUCUGCUGUAUAUAAAGAUGUUCCUCAAGACCAAUUCGAGUUCGUACCAAUGAUGUGGGGUGUAGGAUCUGACUCAAGCGAUACGACGUUCCUUCAAAAUGUCAAGAGCCUCAUGGAAGACGGCAUCAACAUCACACAUGUCCUGGGAUUUAACGAACCCGAUGCUGGUAACGAUGUCGGUGGAAGCAAUCUCGACCCCAAGGUCGCUGCCGAGGCUUGGGUUGCGAACUUUGAACCACUGGGUGAGAUGGGUGUAAAGUUGGGUCUCCCUGCUUGCACCGGUGGAUGGGGCAGUAUGCCAUGGCUAAAGCAGUUCUUGGGAAAUUGUUCCGCGAUCAAGAGCCAAGGGGGGCCUAAGACAAACUGCACCUGGGACUAUCUUCCUGUGCAUUGGUACGACAACUUCGAGGGUCUUGCGUCUCACAUCGGUGAACGCCUUGCCGAAUGGCCCAACUCUACUAUAUGGGUCACAGAAUAUGCCUACGCGCACCAAGACCCACAACCGACAGAACAAUUUUUCAAGCAGACUCUCAAGUGGUUUGACGAGUCAAAAUUCAUUGGGAGAUACACCUAUUUCGGUGCCUUUCGCUCAGAUGUAUCCAAUGUUGGACCCAAUGCAGCCUUGCUCUCAAACAGUGGUGGUCUGACAACCAUCGGUGCGCAAUACCUGGGGCUGAAUACAACUGGCGAGAACAAUGCUUCGCAUUCGAAAGCCAGUUUACCCAGCGCGGGCCUGUUGGCGGUGGUACUGGCUGUUGUGGUGAAAACAAUUCUGUAGAGGAUAAAUUAAUGAAUAAAAGACGAUGAAAUGUUUAUUUUCAGGACAUCACGCA